AUGCCGGGUGCGCCGGCGGGGGCCCAGCCCGCCGCGAACGGGAGGAUGGGGCGCACGGACGGAGGGACGUCAGGUGGCGCGGCGGCCUCGGAGCCCAGCAGUGGGGAGGACAACGCCAGGGAGGGGGCCGGCAACGACGCACCCUUCGCUGGUAUGGGCACCGAGAUUCGAGUGACGGCGCAGGGGCACCUGCGCGGCUACGCCAAGUUCGCCAGCGUCCAGCUCCAGGAGAAGGAGGCCAAGGCGGUGGUGGUGCGCGCCCUGGGCAACGCCAUCGGAAAGGCCUGCACGCUGUCGCAGAUAAUCAAGCGUGAGGUCCCUGGCCUGUGCGACAAUGCGCACACGGGGUCAGUGUGGGUGGCUGGCAGGUCGGCGGAUGAAGAGGACAGGCAAAUUUCGAUGAUUUCCAUCUUGUUGUCCAGGGACCUGAAUGCGAACAAGAAACAGAAAUCAAGCGCCGCAUAG